AUGAAGACGACGACGUUGUGGUUCUCUCUUGCGGUUGUGCUUCUCCUGUGGUCCCCACUGUCAUCCUCCGCCGCUACCAUCAACGAUGAGAUUGCGAAGAAUCUAAUUAGAAACCUCAACCUCUUCCCUCCUCACGAUAUCAACAUCCUCGACACCAAACCCAAUGUGGAGGAGAAUCAGAACAGCAACAACAAGAUCAUCGUUGAGAAGCCGCUUAGGUUUCCGAAUUUCUCCGGCAAAGACGAAGAUGGAGUUUCCAUUGAUGACUUGGCUCAUCGUGCUGGAUAUUAUCCCAUUCAACACUCUCAUGCCGCUAAGAUGUUCUACUUUUUCUUUGAAUCCCGGAAAAACAAGAAGGAUCCUGUUGUGAUAUGGUUGACAGGUGGACCUGGCUGUAGCAGUGAAUUGGCUGUGUUUUAUGAAAAUGGCCCUUUCAAAAUUGCUAACAAUUUGUCCCUUGUAUGGAAUGAAUUUGGUUGGGACAAGGUAUCUAACCUACUAUAUGUUGACCAACCAACUGGAACUGGAUUCAGUUACACUACUGAUCAGCGUGAUAUUCGUCAUGAUGAAGACGGUGUCAGCAAUGACCUCUAUGACUUUUUACAGGCCUUCUUUGGUGAACAUCCCGAGUAUGCUUCAAAUGACUUUUUUAUCACGGGUGAAUCAUAUGCCGGUCAUUAUAUUCCGGCUUUUGCUGCUCGUGUGCACAAGGGAAACAAAGCUAAAGAAGGAAUUCAUAUAAACUUGAAGGGAUUUGCCAUUGGUAAUGGGCUCACUGAUCCUGCAAUUCAGUAUAAAGCUUACGCAGAUUAUGCACUAGACAUGGGUGUAAUUAAACAGGCUGACUAUGACCGCAUCAACAAAGUGAUGGUUCCAGCCUGUGAAUUGGCAAUCAAAUUAUGUGGUAAUUUACACGUGAUGUUGUGUCAUUUAUCCUUUCAAUCAAUAAUGAAAUUAGAAGAAGAACAUCGGCAACGUCUUGCAGUAGCUGCGGCAGCACGUUCCAAAGACGCCGAAUUGGAAAGAGAACUUCUAGAAAGAGAACGGGAAAAAGAAAGAAUGGCAAGAGAAAAAGCCGCAGAAGCAGCUCGAAGGGUAUCCCCACACGGAGCCCCUCAUUUGUUAGGGUUGCCGGUGAUGCAUCCUUCAGGAGCCGUGGGAAUGUUGCCGCCUUCAAUGGGAUUAGCCCCACCCACUGCCAGGCAUUCACCUUUAGGAGCCGCAGGCUACAUGAGCGGAGCGCCUCAAGGAUAUUCACAAGUACCAAGAUCGUCGCCAUCGCUACAAAGACACUCGCCAAUGCCUUCUUACGCAACGCUCAACCUUUCGGCACCUCCUAGACAGUCGCCUACGAUUAUCCAACCUUCAGGACCGAUGAUAAAUAAUAUUCAGCAGCCGCCUCCGGCGCAUAGUUCAAGCAAUCAUCACGGUCAUUCUACGAAACCUCCUACUCCGAAACCGACGCCACCUCCUCAAAGGGAAUCUGAAAGUAAUGAACGUAGAACGCCGAGCAGUCAUAACCAGUCGGGUGGUGGAGGUUCGCAUCCGCCCAGGCGUCCGCCUUCUGUUAGUACAGCUAGUGGAGAGGCCAACACCAACGGCGAUUGUGCCUGA